UUCGCCUCAGCUUCCUCAAGCUCCGUAUAAAAGCCACACGCCCUUAUUCAAUCAAAAUGCACAAGUACCCCAGAAAGAAAAACGCAACAACAAAGCCCUAGCUAGGAAAAACAAAAAGAAGAACAAGAACAAGAAACAAGAAACACAGCUAGAUAGCUAGAUCCGUGGAGCUAGAUAUAAUAUAUUUGGUCAUCAAAUGGCGUGUGCUACUCGUGAUCAAGCCGUGAGAGUGGUGCUUAUCGAUACCCAGUACGUGGAAACGGACGCCAUGAGCUUCAAAUCCGUAGUUCAGAGCCUUACCGGUAAGGAUUCUUGCGUUUCUUGGAUAGAGAAGAGCUCCUUCGGCGUAGAAAACAGAAAAAGCCCCGUCGCUGUGAACAGAAGUGGCUUCGACAAAUCAGGCAGCGAUUAUAUUAAUAAUGGAUGUGGUGGAACUGGAAAUCGCAGUGUUUCGAUGUUAUCGAAGGGCAUGUCGUUCAAGGAUUUGGAUGUUAUGAUCUUGCAGGCGCCUCCAAUGGAGGACUUGCAAUGGCUGUGGGCUGAUAAUAAGUAGAAUUUUCAUUAAUUUGCUGCAUAUAUAGUGUGUAUAUAUAAAUGAGUAUAUACAUAUAUUUACAACAGUUAUAUACGGUCAGUAUAUUUUGUUUGCAUGAGAAGUGCUAGUACCGU